AUGAACGCAGAGCAGGGUUCAGCCCAAGAAUUCUUCGAUGCGGCGACGACGAUUGAAGUAGAAGAGAAGAGGCCCUCGAUGUUUUACUCGGUUCUGCCUGCCAUGGUGCAGGACCGCAUCCCUACGCUCCCGUCCAUCCGACGAGCUCUCGGCGAUAUGCGGAGUUCCUCGAAGUCUUUCAAUAUGUCGAGAAACGCUUCCGAAGUAUCACUGCCGCGAAGUCCACCGCCGGGCUACACGUCACGGCCCAUAAGCGCCGCGUUGUCACAACAUAGUUCGAAUCGUAGCUCACUCGACACUGCAGUGGAAGACGAGGAUCUGUUCCAGGAGGUACUCUCAGAGAAUCUGGCAUCACCUAUGAGCACGCCGCCGCCAUUUACAGUGUCAGAAGUACGGACAGGCAUAAAGUGGAAGUAUGCCAAUCAAGGCGUCUCCCUCUCCGCACAAGCAUACGCCGAAUCGCAAUGCCCUCGCGUCGACGACACAUCCACCAUCCUCACCCGCCAGAUGUACAUCCACAGCCUGACCUACCUCCUCCGGGGCCUGCCUUCGACCCUCUCCCCCGAAGAGACAAUCUCCCUACAAGCCGCUCUCCCACCCAACCUCUUCAUCUCCGCGCCCUGCGACCACGACCUUUCAUUCCCCCACCCGGACGACUCCAGCUCCCCACCCUCCGAUCCCUCCUUUCUUCACCGCACAAUCGCCACCCUCGUCUUCGAAACAUUCGUCCUCCUCCAGUUCCUCCUACCUUACAUCAAGCUUUUCCUCGGCCACGCAUACCGCUUCGAGAGAAAACACAAUGUAGCGCAGCGCUUGGUGAACACGGGAAUCAUGGGCGCGGAUGCGAUUGAGGAAUUGAAUGAUGACAACCUCGUAACUAUUAUUGCCCUGCCGGAGUUCCCUGCUGUUAGCAGCGAGCCGCGUCCUAUAUGUGGGACUUAA